GUCCUCCCACGCGUGUUGCUCUUGUCGUGAAGCGAUCGACGCCCCUUUCCUCGGGACAGGAAGUGAGAAGCACCGGCGCAUGGACAGCGAGCCCCUCGCCCAGGACGGGGAGACGCAGGCCAGACAGAAGCGCCACCUCGUCGACCGCGAGAUGAAUCCGCGGGUGAAGAAGAGGAUGAGCACCGACGACGAUCCGCGUGCCGGCGGAGCGUCCAGCUCCGACGCGAUGAGUUCGGAUGCGUUGGCUGACAAGGUUCACGCGGAGGGCGAGAUGACCGAUGAAAGCGCCGCGUCUGCUACACUGGCGCGGUCUCCACCGUCCUCACCCAGCGCUGCCCUAUCCGAGGAGUCGUCCACCUACUCCCUGCCACAGGAGAUGGAAGACAGAUUGAUGCAAAUCAUGGCCAGUCAUGAGGCGGACGAGCAGCUGCAAAUUCAAAGAGACGCCGAGCUGUCCAAACUUACAGUGGAGAGCGAUUUUUGCGACAUUGAUGACGGCAGUUCCCGGAGUUGUAAAGUUCGGAAGGUGGCUGUGCUAGCUUCACGGUCCGUUGUCGGUCUCUCUUCAUUUUCAGAUGAAAAGAGGAUAAGAGUUUGCUCAGGAUUCGUGAUAUCAUCCAAUGCUUGUACAGAUACCUACAAAAUCUUAACUUCGGCAACACUAAUAAGGUCUCUUAACACGAAUAACAUUUUGAUCCCAGAUGUAAAGAUCAAGGUGUGUUUACCAAAUGGGGAUAUCUCUGAUGGCGUCAUAUCCAUGGUAGAUUUUCACUAUAACAUAGCAGUUGUUAAAGUGAAAUCUGAUCAGAAACUUCCAGAGGCAAUUCUGAUUAGUGAAGUUACCAAAAGAGGAGCAGUGGUUGCUCAAAAUGCUAAUACUUGA